CCCCCAGUUGGAUUGGUUUCGAAGUGCGGAUAUCAAAAUACUAGCCAAAUUACAAACAAGACCGCAUUUCGUCUGACAUCCAGACUCCUAACCAAGCCGACUAAGUUUCUUAGCCAUUCGCCAUGAACUCGUGCUGACAUGGAUCUUCCUUCGGAGUGGCUGUGUUCCAUCCAUCUAUUUGUUCUUUAUGCAGGUAGCCUCGCUUCUAUGCUGACGGGCUUCUGGAUCGAUGGCCAGACUUUCUUGGUUUCACUCCUUCUCGUUCGCGGAUAUUGCACCGGGGUCGGGAGUCUUGGCAGAGUGGCUUUUGAUAUUGACCACCAGCUGUUCGUAGAGUUCUUCGCCCCUCGUGUAUUUUCUUCUUCUUUUCCCUCGUUUUCUCCUACUUUCAAAGUGUCUGUCGCUCUGUGGAUCUUUACUUCGUGAGGACCUCGUGGACGGACGUGCUAACAUGUAGAUUGUUCGGUGACCGCAUCCCCGCUCAUAGGGCUUU